UUCCCAGUAUGGCGGCCCCCUGGCCCGCUGGACCUGUUUCACCGGAGUCUUCAGCCGUCCAGUUUCGGGGAUUGCUGUGGUUCGUGGUAUUUACCACUGGAUCCUGGAGCGCCGCAGCCACCGCUGCCGCCGGGAGCGAAGAGACGCUUAAGUGCGAGGACCUCAAAAUGGGACAAUAUAUAUGUAAAGGACCAAUAAUAAAUGAUGCCACACAAGAGCCAGUUAACUGUACAAACUACACAGCUCAUGUUCCGUGUUUUCCAGCACCCAACAUAACUUGCAAGGAUUCCAGUGGCAAUGAAACACAUUUUACUGGAAGCGAAGUUGGUUUUCUUAAGCCCAUACCCUGCCGCAAUGUAAAUGGCUAUUCAUAUAAAGUGGCAGUUGCUCUGUCUCUCUUUCUUGGAUGGCUGGGAGCAGAUCGAUUUUACCUUGGGUACCCAGCCUUAGGUUUGUUAAAGUUUUGUACUGUAGGGUUUUGUGGAAUUGGAAGCCUAAUUGAUUUCAUUCUUAUUUCAAUGCAGAUUGUUGGACCGUCAGAUGGAAGCAGUUACAUUAUAGACUACUAUGGAGCCAGACUCACAAGAUUGAGUAUUACUAAUGAAACAUUUAGAAAAACACAGUUAUAUCCAUAAAUAUCCAUAAAUAUUUUCAAAAAGAAAUAGACUCGAGUCUCCUUGUUUUCAUAGAGGACUUCCUCCCAGUGCAUGGAUUUCCAAAUUUGACUCUUUCCUCCUUCUCAUACCAGUUUAUGCAUUUAUAUAAUUGUUUUGGUUAUUGAUCAUUCUGUUUUGUUGUGUCAGUUAAAAGGCCAUACUAUUACGAUAUUUAUUUAAUAGGACUUUAUUUGAGAGCUGUAUGACAAUAAAGUCUUCCUAAGGCUCUAUGAGAUAGGUAGUUUAUUACCCUAAUAUUCUUUAAUGUCUUCUCCAUGGGCAAGUUGCCACAUGUCAUUUUCACUUCUGAAAAAUAAAAACAUGACUUAUUCACA